GGGCCUCCCGGCCUGAGGGAAAGGAGCCGGGAAGAUGGCAGCUGUGGUGGAAAAUGUAGUGAAGCUCCUUGGGGAGCAGUAUUACAAAGACGCAAUGGAGCAGUGCCACAAUUACAAUGCCCGCCUCUGUGCUGAGUGCAGUGUGCGCCUGCCUUUCUUGGACUCACAGACUGGAGUAGCACAGAGCAACUGUUAUAUCUGGAUGGAAAAGCGACACCGGGGUCCAGGAUUGGCCUCUGGGCAGCUGUACUCCUACCCUGCCCGGCGCUGGCGGAAAAAGCGGCGAGCCCACCCUCCUGAGGAUCCAAGACUCUCUUUCCCAUCUAUUAAACCAGACACAGACCAGACCCUGAAGAAGGAGGGGCUGAUCUCUCAGGACGGCAGUAGUUUAGAGGCUCUGUUGCGCACCGACCCCCUGGAGAAGCGAGGCGCCCCAGAUCCCCGAGUUGAUGAUGACACUGGCGAGUUUCCUGUGACGAACAGUCGAGCACGGAAGCGGAUCCUAGAACCGGAUGACUUCCUGGAUGACCUCGAUGAUGAGGACUAUGAAGAAGACACUCCCAAGCGUCGGGGCAAGGGGAAGUCCAAGGGUAAAGGUGUGGGCAGUGCCCGUAAGAAGCUGGACGCUUCCAUCCUGGAGGAUCGAGAUAAACCCUAUGCAUGUGACAUUUGUGGAAAACGUUACAAGAACCGACCAGACCUCAGUUACCACUAUGCCCACUCCCACUUGGCUGAGGAGGAGGGCGAGGACAAGGAGGACUCGCAGCCACCCACCCCGGUUUCCCAGAGGUCCGAGGAACAGAAAUCCAAGAAGGGUCCCGAUGGAUUGGCCCUGCCCAACAACUACUGUGACUUCUGCCUGGGGGACUCCAAGAUCAACAACAAGACAGGACAACCCGAGGAGCUGGUGUCCUGUUCUGACUGUGGCCGCUCAGGGCAUCCGUCCUGCCUCCAGUUCACCCCUGUGAUGAUGGCAGCAGUGAAGACCUACCGCUGGCAGUGCAUCGAAUGCAAAUGCUGCAACAUCUGUGGCACCUCCGAGAACGAUGACCAGCUGCUCUUCUGUGAUGACUGCAAUCGUGGCUACCACAUGUAUUGUCUCACCCCGUCUAUGUCUGAGCCUCCUGAAGGAAGUUGGAGCUGCCACUUGUGUCUGGACCUGCUGAAGGAGGAAGCUUCCAUCUACCAGAAUCAGAACUCCUCUUGAUGUGGCCACCCCCGAUCCCCCAUACAUCUAGGGCUGUUUCUCUCCUGUUUUUCAUACCCACCUUCCCUUCCUAAUCUCUUUCACAAGUCCAGAGAACCUCGGGGAGGUCGUGCCAACCUACCUUUGGCAGCAGCAAGCUGAGGUGGCAGCUCUGACCGCCUCUGGCCCCAGGCCCUCAGGGAGAACGGAGCAUCACACUGCCCCAAGGCAUACCUGUGGGCCCAGCUUCUCACUGUUCUCCAUGAAGUGCAUUGACUCUGUCUGCCUUGGGCCCCGGCCCUGGUAUUCACAGGGUUCAAACCGUGUCCUCCGAGAAAGAGUGGGAGAGCAGCUCACUU